AGUCUGAUUGUUGACGUGCUUAGAAAAUGGUCUCGCCUAGUAAGAUUUUUAGUCCGCCCAUGGACUGUUUACAUUGUGGAUGGGUAUUGCACAGUCUGCCGGAUCAGAGCUGCACAGAGGCCCUCAUCUGGAAUCUGUAUCGCAAUCAUAUAUCGAGUUCUAAAUUUUUUUUGCCUUUAUUGUUGUUUCCAUUGAUUUUAAAUUGGCGCCGACAAACGAGACGACGUCUGUGGGCAAUAGUGAAAAACUAUCUGCAAACAGUUAGCGUUGCCUCAACAGUUAACGCCCUGGCUUAUUAUUUGUCUUGCAUACUGAGACGUUUGAAUGAUCGAUUCGUUUAUAGCUGCAUAUUCGGUAUACCUGCCCUUCUGGCUUCACAACUCUUGUGGUUGGCACCGACCAGAGUGGUGCAGUUCUUUGCCACAGGCGUAUUGCCUUCGGCCUUUGAGGCAGUGCUGCGCCAGCUAAAUGUGGGUUUGGUGCACUCCCGUGGCGCCCAAACAUUAAUAUUUAUGGUGUGCUCGCUGGUGGUGUUGCGGCGGCAGCAGAUAAAAGCUUAUUCCGGGUUCUGGUUCAUUCGACCCGCCCCAAUGCCCGCGAACUACGACAAGUGGUCGUUGGGUGAGCGUGUUAAGCAAAGUCUACUCGAAUUGCGCACCCAUUUGGGCAUUGGACUGGCAUUGGACUUGAUCAAUGGGGCGCGGCGCAAACAACUCAAGAAGAUGCAGUUGAAAUCGACAAGAUUUAUGCUAAGUUGUAUGGGCAUAUAUCAGCUCACACAAUGUUUGCUCGCAAAUAGGUUGGAGUCGAAAAUUACGAAUUUACUUGCUGCGUUUUUGAGUGGUGGCGCCUUUGGAUUAGUCAAACAAACACCCUUAACCUAUAUGUCGAUUGGUGUGGUCAUUGCCAGCCAAGUGUUGUGGCAAGAAUUCUGUGAAAUGGAUGCUACACAUAAUGGUCUUUUGGCUAUCCUGCAGCGGAUUCCCUGGGCACUACUGUUUCUGCCUCCGUCCUUGGCCUACUUGAUACACAGCAUGUUUAUUCAGCCACACGUACUUACUGGCUUAGCAAAGUCAUUUUUGAAUAACACGGCCGAUAACAACGUUCAACGUGUUUACGCAUUAAUAAAUCAACCCACUGACAUAGUUAUGAACACGGUUCAAAAGUUACCCAUUAAGCCGUUCUUAUUUUAAGUAGAGGAAUCAAAGUAUUGGCUACUUAUGCAAUAUUUAUUUUCUUUUCAUUUCGCUUAAAAUGAAACAUUAAACAUUUGUACAGACACAAAUUCAAACAUUUUAUUAUUAUUGUUUGAAAACUAAAUUGCACAGAGGAUGAGAGCAGAUGGAUGAUGGGGCACUGUAACCCUUCAAUAUGGGUAGAUAAUAAGCAUAUUUUUAGGCUUAGAGAUAAAACCAAUAACGGAGCUCUGAAAAAAGCAAAAGAAUUUAGGGCAUACUUUGAGGGACCCACUGACGCUGUAUCUUUACAGCUUUCCAUUAGAAUCACAGGGACCAAAUCUAUCGAAACACGUUCAAAGAAUAUUGGAUCAUCUGAGAUCCCAAAUUACAUCCCGAUAAUACUUGAAAUGGACAAGAUAAAUCCGAUCUUUCGUUAUUUCUAAAUUUAUGUAGUUUUUGCCAACAUUUUUUCCCCGAAUUAUGUAAACCCUUGAAUGCAAAUCGAUCAACUAACAUUAAAAAAAUCAUUUAUUU